ACAAACACAGAAUAUCCAUGACCUACGAUGAGUUCCCGACCAUUUACCUGCACUGAGUGCUCUCAGACCUUUACUAGAAACGAAAACUUGGCGCGGCACAAACGCUCACGACACGGUAGUGACAGCCGGCGGCCUUUUAGAUGCCAAUACUGCAAAUCCAGGUUUACCAGAAAAGAUGUCUGUAAGCGCCACGAAGAGAGAUGUCGCGGCACAUUCGGCCGUGUCCUGACUAUCCCGGCCAUCGACGACGAGGCGGGGCAGCCGGCACCGGCUCUCGAGGAUGCUGCCUUGUCACCGGUUGACGACGACGACUCUCCCGCUUCGAACUUUCAAAUUGGCGCGUCGGCCAUAAAUAAUGACGAAGGUUAUCCGCAUAGUCCACCGGAGACGGUGGAAGAUCGUCGCGCCGGUGAGCUGCUUGCGAUUGCAUCCAUGAUGCAAGACUCGGAAAUAUACGUUGCAGCGUAUUUUGAGACGUUUCAUGCAUCGUUCCCACUACUACACAGGCAAAGUUUCGGCGGUGAGAUGCCCAAGCUAUCGAAACAGAUCAUCGUGUCGAUUGGCAUGCUGUAUGCCUCCAAAAGCUCCCCUGAAGAACAAGUAGCAACCUUAUCACAAAAGAGUCAAGCUUUGUGGCAAGCUGGACUUGAAGAACUCUGGAGACUAGUGGAGUCCGACUGGAGAGAGAUACGGAGGACGUGGGUCAUGCAGUCAUGGCUCUUACACAUUAUCUACGGCGCUUUUACCGGCAAUGCUGCCCACUUUGAUAAGUCAAAGAAGAUGCUGCGAUGGGUUGUCGAUGCUGCUCGAGACCUCGGUCUCCUUCGGCAGACCAUUUUCACAUCGACAUCCAGAUUCAGGGACAACGAGGAGCAGACGCUGCACGACCACUGGAUGUCGUACGUGGAAUCGGAGUCGAUGAAGCUGUCCAUGUACACACUUCUCUUUCUCGACUUCCACAUCUUCUCCCCCUGCAACAUCCGUCCACUCACGACGCCCACCGAGCUCGAUUGGGAGCUGCCCCUGGCCGCCUCGCUAUGGGAAGCGGAUACCUCGUUGACCUGGGCCCAGCGGCUCGGCGACGAGCCCCGAACAGUCGGCCUGACCCGGUCUCAUGAGACCCCGGGCAUGCUUUGUCCCACGACCAAGUCGUUGAACCUGGCAAUGCAGUCGCUCAUGACGGACACACCGAGCCCGCAUCUUCUGGCGGCGCUGCGGGCGUCUCCCAUGGCCACGCUCUUCGUCCUCACGAGCCUCGACUCGCUCGUCAGGGACUUCACGCGCUGUUACUACCAGCUGCCGCCGGCCUUGGCGGACCCGAACGCGUUCCAUAUCCUCACCCAGUCCCAGAACAGGCAGGUCAGCGCGGCCCUGCGGUAUCUCUCGGAGUCGAUCACGGCGCAAAUCUCCACGGCGGACAGCUCCAACUGGCACAUCCUGAACUUUGCCGAGCGCAUAGCACUGUCCGUCAAGCUCUCGCUAUGCAAGCCGGACGACCUGCUCAUCGGCGGCAUCGUGGAGAACAGCGUGGUCGCCGGCCUCACGACGGCAACGCACCUCACGAUGGGACUCCAGAUCGGUGCCCGGCGAUCGCUGCAGAACCUGCUCCGGUAUAACUCCGGGGACGACGGGAUGCUGGUGCUUCUCGACGACCUGAUGGACGUGCUGUCGAGCGUUACAAGCACCGGCAGACAAGACCCGUCGCGCGAGGCGCCGUGGGCUACCGUCGCCACGUACAAGAUCCUCCUCGCCAUCUGGAGGCUCCUCCGCUGGGCGGCGGGGGAGACGCGGCGGAAAGCCGGGUCCUCCUCGCUGGCGACGGUCCGCGUCCGGUUCGAGGCCUCGACGAUCAUCUUCAACUCCAUACUGGAGAUCCUGCAACAGCAGGAGGAAGGAGGACAACAGCUGGACGGAGGCCAGGCCCGGCGCGUCUCGGUUCGGGAGUCUGCCGCAUUGGGCAUGGCGCCGGAGGCGAGCGAGGCGCGGUUCGUGGAGACGGUGCUGCAGUUCUGGAAGGACAGGCCGGUGUGGCCCGUGGGAUCCUUCAUGACGACGGUUCUGGAAGAGGUCAUCUCGGCUGGCGGCAUGGUCUACGAGUGAAGGAAGAGAGGAGAUGGACGCCUGACUAGUGCGCGGUGGGAAGACCGCUUCUCCUGUCUAAGGGGAGGGGGGGGAACAUGGUGGUGGUUCAGCGGAGCUCCGCCGCCUCCACCACAUCCCUUUUCUUAAGCCGUAUAUCUUGACCGCAAAGAUACGCAAGGAGUGUGUCUUGAAGGGACAAUCUGUGGCAUUCCGAGGUUGCCGAUUUGUUCCAUUGUGUUUUCGGAGAAGUCUGACUUGUAGCCCGGCGACUUACAGUCUCUUGAAACGACACUGUCCACGUUCCUUGAUCAAAGACCAAAGACAGUAAUU